AUGGUGUUCAAAGAUGGUGGUGUGAAACCAAACAUCAUACCAGAUACAUCCGUCUUGAAAUACUAUUUCCGAGCCCCAGACAACGAGGAGCUUGUCGAUUUAAUGGCGAAAGCAAAAGGAUGCUGGGAAGGUGCUGCAAGUGCUACAGGUUGCACUGUUGAAGUUGAGUGUCAUGGAUAUGGGAAGAACAAUGUAAAUUAUGCUGCUAUGAAACAUAACCAAGUUUUAGCCAAGUUGUACCAGAAAUAUGCUGAAAGUUUAGGAGUGAAAUUUCUCCCAGAAGGAGAGGCAGAAAACGCAUUGCUUGGUUCAACAGACAUGGGAAAUGUAUCCCUUGUUAAACCAUCUAUACAUCCUGCAUUCACAAUCAAUUCCCAGCAGUGA